UAAUAGCAUAAUUAUGAUAUUUUUUAUUUAAUUUAGCUUUUAUUUGCAUAUAUAGAAAUUGAUAAAGUGGUAGAUCUUCACAAAAUUGCAAUAAAGCUCUAAUCAAUAUGCAAAAGCCUGGUUUGCUUCAAAAUCAUCAAGUUUACCGGUGAUUUCAUAUCUAUCAACUCUCAAGCAGAGAAAAUUGAAUUCAUGUCUUCUUAAAUUACCUUAUCAUUGUUUAAGCUGACUAAUUUUGAUCGUAAUCAUCAAACUAAUUAAAAAACCCAUUUCAUAAAGCUAAGUAAACAGAGGGACCAUUGAGGGAUCGUUAAAGGCCGAGAGUCUCCUGAUCAGCUGUCUUGAGAUGGACACCCUCAAAAAUUUGAAUCCAACCGAAGAAGAGGAAGACGACGAUGAUGAGGAUGAUGAAGACUAUGUUCCCAGCAAAGAAGAUCUAGAAAAUGAUGAUGAUGUUGAUAAGGACGAUGACGCCGAGGGCUCUAGCGAUAGUGGUUCUGAUGAGGGCGAUGGUGAUGAUCUGAACAAAGUAAAGAAGACCAAAAAGCGUGGAAGAAAGAGGAAAGUAUCGGCAUCCAAUGAUAAUGCCGAGAAUGUUUCUGAAGAUGGCAAAAAAGAGCUGACCAUUGAGGAGAAGAAGAAAAAAGCUGACGACUUGUGGGCUGAGUUAAAUCAGACUAGUUCAAAUAAAACAGAAUCGAAACCCAAAGUAGAUUCAAAGACAAGUAGUGAAAUAAAAUCGGAAGAAAAGGUCUAUGAUUUCGCUGGUGAAACUGUCGUUAUUAAGGAGACACCUAAAGAUAAAACUAUCAUAAGCUCAUCAUCAAGCUCAUCAGCUCAAUCUACUAACUCUCGCAUACCUGUUAGACGAAGUGGUUUAAAAGACUUGGUAUCCAAUCUUGGUAAAAAAUCGAAACUCGGAACAUUACAAAAAUCUAAAUUGGACUGGGACAGUUUCAAGCGUGAAGAAGGAAUCGAGGAUGAAUUGAAACAGGCUACUUUGAGUAAAGAUGGUUAUGUUGAAAGACAAGCUUUUCUUUCUCGAGCUGAUGUGAGGCAGUUUGAAAUUGAAAAGUCGAUUCGUUCAAAAAUUCGGAAACCUCAAUAAAUCGACUGGAUACUUGAUGUUCAAAAUUAAAGACAUAAAAGUACCGAUAAUUCCUUCAUGCGAUUUGAAGCUAACUUUCUACUAAUUAACACUUGAAAAGCAAAGCCAUGAAAAAAACUGAAUACGUAAAUAGAUUCUUGGAUGUUGAACCAUGUGGCCCUUUGUUAGAAAAUAAAUCUGACAUGGAUUCAUUUCUUUACUCUCUUCAUUUCUUUUGUUUCAUUUUUUAUAAUUUCAACAACCAUCAUCUUUCAAACCAUAGACGAAAAUCAACUCACUUUACCAGGGCAAUUUCAAUCAUCAAGAGUCCAAAGCUCAGUAUGGACAGAUAAUUAAUAUGAAAUACCAAUUAACUCCAUGCUUUUCAAAAUUGUAUUUUUGAUGUAUCAACUCCAUUGUAGCUUAAUCAAUAUAUUUUUUCUCUGUCUCUAUCUUCCCACCUUUAUCCUCCUUCUCUUUUUUACUCAUUAAAUUAUCUCUAUUGAUCUUUCAAUGAAUUUCAAUGAA